CGUAGUGUGUUCUGCGGCUCUGUGCGUGUGCACAUCAGGCGGCGAGGGCUGCGGCAAGCGCUGACAGAUGCGAGGGGAGAACUGCGAUGGAUCUGAUUCCUUUAAGGAGUGAAUGAAAGAACCCUCUGCUCGUAUCACUGCACCUAUUAAAACCAAAGCCCAGCAGAAGAAGGUGCAAUCUGAUCUCCCUGGUCGAUCAGCAACUUUAUGGAAUAACAUUCAAGUGAACUCCUUUUAUACAGUGCCUGUUUAUGGCAGGAUGAGCGUUAGCAGGCCAUGAUGGCGAAAAAGCAAGAUGCCCGGCCGUCAAUUUACAACCUCAUCGUCGUGGGUUUGUCAGGAACGGAGAAGGAGAAGGGCCAAUGUGGGGUUGGCAAGUCCUGCUUCUCUAAUCGCUAUGUGCGGCCUAGUGCGGAUGACUUCUACCUGGACCACACAUCAGUGUUGAGCACCAGUGACUUUGGGGGCCGAGUGGUUAAUAAUGAUCACUUUUUAUUUUGGGGGGAGGUGUGCCGCCUUCUAGAGGAGGGGCCUGAGUGCAGGAUGCAUGUUGUGGAGCAAACGGAGUUCAUUGACGACCAGACAUUUCAGCCGCACCGUAGCACCGCGAUGCAGCCCUACAUCAAACGUGCCGCCGCCACCAAGCUGGCGUCAGCGGAGAAGCUCAUGUACUUCUGUACCGAUCAGCUGGGCUUGGAGCAAGACUUUGAGCAAAAACAAAUGCCCGAGGGCAAGCUGCAGGUUGAUGGCUUCCUGCUUUGUGUCGAUGUCAGCCGGGGCAUGAACCGCAACUUUGACGACCAGCUGAAAUUUGUAUCAAACCUGUAUGGUCAGCUCAGCAAGACGAAGAAGCCCAUUGUGCUGGUCCUCACCAAAUGUGAUGAAGGAGUUGAACGCUACAUCAAAGAUGCACAUACCUUCGCCAUCACAAAGAAGAAUCUUCCAGUCGUGGAGACGUCUGCACGCUCAAAUAUAAAUGUGGACCUUGCCUUCCUCACUCUGGUUCAACUUAUGGAUAAGAGCAGGGGCAAGCCCAAGAUCAUUCCUUACUUUGAAGCCCUAAAGCUCCAAAGUCAGCAGAUAGCUUCUGCCAAGGAUCGCUAUGAAUGGCUAAUCAACCGCAUCGAAAAGAAUCACAAUGAAACCUGGUUAAACACCAGUCGACGCAUGAACACCUCCCCAGAGUACAAAGAAUAUGUCUUCUUGGAGGGAACGGCUAAAUGCAAGAAGCUCUUUCAACAGCAUGUCUACCGCCUGAAGCAGGAGCACAUCGAGAGGCGUCGCAGAAUAUACCUAAGCACUCUGCCUUUAGCACUUAGUUCUUUGGUGCCGGACCUGGUUGAGAUAGAUCAGCUGAGCUGGUCUGGGGUACAGAAGGUCCUUGAGUCCAAGCAGCACUUUGCCCACUGGUUUGUUGUUCUGGAGGACUCGCCAUGGGAGGACACAUCUCACAUUGAUAACAUGGAAGAUGAGCGAAUCCCUUCAGACCUGCUGGAGACGGCUGAAGCGGAGGACAUAUUUAAUGUCCACCUGGAACAUCUCCGUAAUGAGUGCAGACGGGCAGAGAUGAGGCUGGAGUUUAAACACAAGUUAGCCUCCUCUCCCUUUGUCACACCCGGGAGACCCUGGGAGGAGGCCCGCAGCUUCAUCAUGAAUGAAGAGUUCUACCAGUGGCUUGAAGAGCCAGAGUACUUGGACCUGUACAACCGCCAUCAGAAGGAGAUCAUUGACCGCUCCAAAGAAGACUUCCAGGAGCUCUUACUGGAGUACUCUGAGCUUUUCUAUGAGCUUGAGGUGGAUGCUAAGCCAAGCAAGGAGAAGAUGGGCGCUAUUCAGGAGGUUUUGGGGGAGGAACAGCGAUUCAAGGCCCUCCAAAAGCUUCCAGCUGAAAGAGAUGCUCUGGUAUUGAAGCAUAUCCACUUUGUCUAUCACCCGACCAAAGAGACCUGCCCAAACAGUCCCAACUGUGGAGACUCUAAGAUUGAACAGAUUUUAGUUUCACGUUUCCCCACGUGUUACCCCUUUUUUGAUGUGAAAGCUCAUUUUGGGGACACCAAGGCUGACCGAAUCAACCUUGUCAUACUCGGGAAGGAUGGACUGGCGAGAGAAUUUUCCAAUGAGAUUAGGGCCCUCUGCACAAACGACGACUGGUAUGUGUUGGACGGGAAGAUGUAUGAGUUGACGCUGCGGCCUAUCGAGGGAAACGUGCGUCUUCCAGGGAAUUCUUUCCACACCCCCACGUUCACCCCUCACGGAUGUCUGUGUCUGUAUAACUCAAAAGAGUCCCUCUCCUAUGUGAUUGAAAGUCUUGAGCGACUUAGGGAAUCAACUCUCGGUCGAAGGGAUAGCCAGCUAGCACAGCUACCAACAUCCCUGCUUUUAGUCACUAAACGAGGCGUAGGAACAUAUGUGGAUAUAGGUGGAGAAACUGCCUUGAAUCUGAUAACGCAGGGACAGCAGGUUGCAAGGAGGCUGCAGUGUAGCCUUUUAGACCCCGCCUCCCCUGGUGUGGGCUACGGCCAUAAUGUCAAUGAGACUCGAAUCAACCAGGUGCUGAGGAGCCUUCUGGACAUCAGGAGGAGCACAUCUUCUAGGAGCAGCUCCCCUCCCCUCCUCCCUGAGCCGCCAGGUCUCCGAGACGCUCCUCAUCAGCCGGCCCCAGAGGCUGACCUUCGCAUUGUCAUGUGCUUGAUGUGUGGGGAUUCCUACGACAUUGAGCAGCUCCUGUCCCCUUUCCUAAUGCGUCAGCACUGCAGGCCCAUGUCUAAUAGUGGCACUUCUGUGUUACUGGAGCAGACGGUUGGGGGACACAAGCUGGUUCUAGAGCUCUCUCUGCUCUCAUACCACGCCUCCUUCACUUUGCGGAAGAGCAGGUUGGUACACGGCUACAUUGCCGUGUACUCCGUCUCCCGAAAAGCCUCCCUGGAGACCCUGUGUGCGUUCUUGUGUGAGGUUCCUGACAUCAUCCCAGUUCAGCUGUUGGCAGCGGGAGACAGCCAGGCCGAGCUCACUGACAGCGACUUUGCCUGUGAACAGCUGAUCCAAGGGGAGGAGCUGGCUCGCGAGAUCGAGGGUCGUUUCAAUAGUGUGGUCUGUGGGUCCGGAGGGGUGGUGGGAGGUCUGCACAGGAUCGAAAUGUUCCAUUCCUUUCUGAUGGAGGUGAUUGAGAAACGCAACAUCGUGGAGGCCACGCACAUGUACGAUAAUGUCGCCGAAGCGUGCACCAGUGAAAGUGUGUACUCCCCACGCUGCAGUUCUCCCAGUCCCGUCACCACGUUGCUGGAUUCAGAGGACGACGUCGAGCCAUCGCCGCCGUACUGUGACGGCACACUCGCUCCUCAUAGCGGGGGCUUCAACCUGCCCGACUUGGAUUCCAGUGACCUCUCUGUCAUCUCCGAGAUCCGAGACUUUGAGAACAAACUCAACAACAAAGUGCCCCCCCAAGUGCGAGUCAAACCGGGCGUCACCUUUGACUUCCGGAAGGUGAGCCGUAACCCGUACAUCGAUACCAUGGGUCAUCGCCGCUCCCUGCCCUCUGCUGUCACCUGGGUCCCCGGUGGGGACGUGGGCUACGACCCCUCCGACUACGCCGAACCCAUCGACGCCGUUUCAAAACCUCGCCCGAGCAACGAGGAGAUCAUCUACUCGGUGCCACACGACAGCACACAGGGCAAAAUCAUCACCAUCCGCAACUCCAACAGGAUGCACUCCAACGGAAACGGCUCCGACAGCGAAGCCGACAGCAGCUCUCUGGAGCGCAGGAGGAAGUUCUCGGCGGCGGGGGUGAAGCCGCGUCUUUACCGCGACCGCUCCAAGCGGCUCGGCAAGUUCAGCAGCUUCCGCUCGAGCUUCAUCGGCAGCGACGAUGAGAUGGGAGCUCUGCAAAAGUCCAAAGAGGACGACCUUGGGACCCUGAAAGGUGAAAGUGUCGUCAACGAGGAGAGUGAGGACCCAAAAAAGAGGAACAUUCUGAAGAGCCUCCGACGAACAGCCAAGAAAUCCAGACCAAAGCCCCGUCCAUCCAUUCAAAAGCCCCCGGAGAGCAUUUACUUUGGGGUCCCCCUGGUGAAUGUGGUGUCCCCAGACAGGCCCAUCCCGCUUUUCAUCGACAAGUGUGUCCGCUUCAUCGAGACCACAGGCCUGAAUACAGAGGGGUUGUACCGCGUGAGUGGCAACAAGUCGGAGAUGGAAAGCAUGCAGAGGCAGUUUGAACAGGACCACGGAUUAGACCUCGUAGAGAAAGACUUCCCCAUGAACACUGUGGCUGGAGCCCUCAAAAGCUUCUUCUCCGAGCUGCCUGAGCCCCUGGUGCCUUGUGUUCUGCAGGUGGACCUACUGGAUGCUUUCAAAAUUAAUGACCGAGAACAGAGGCUAUAUACCAUGAAGGACGUCCUAAGGAGGUUCCCCAGGGAGAAUUACGAGGUCUUCAAAUUUGUAGUGAGCCACUUACACAAGGUGAGCCAGAUGAACAGGUUGAACUUGAUGACCAGUGAAAACCUGUCCAUCUGCUUCUGGCCCACCCUCAUGAGGCCAGACUUCACGACGAUGGAUGCCCUGACUGCCACGCGCACCUACCAGACAAUCAUCGAGAGCUUCAUCCACCAGUGUUCUUUCUUCUUUUACAACCAGCCCCUCCUCGACUCCCCCACCGGCCUCGCGGGCCUCCCUGCCUCGCCCACCACCACCCUCAGCGGGAGCUCUGCCUACUCUUGUUACCGCUCCUCGCCCCCACACACCACCUCACACUUCAGCCCCCUGCAGCAAUCCCCGCCCACCACCCCCCAGUCUCCUCUUCAGUCACUGCUCCCUCCCCUCCACCAGCACCCCCACACCCACCAUUCCCCUGCCGAACAAGAGACUCUGUGAGAGACGGUGAAGCCACGUGUGCCCAUGAUUGUGCUGGACCUACACACACACACACACACACACACACACAACACCUGUGCACUUGCACAUUAUGUCUUUGAUCAUUGACAACCCAGGUUAUGAGAUAGGAAGUGUAUGUGAGACGUCCCUAACCUGCCAUCUUUAUCCACGCGUCUGUGUAUCAGCGCAGCCUCCUCCCAUGACCAGUGACUCUUCCUCUGCCCUCUGAGCCCCUCAUCUCCUGGAAUUUAAGGGUUUCAGGCCAGAAGAGGAGGACAGAGGUUGCUGUCAUAGCAAGCAUCUCUUGUGUCAACAGCCACCACGCAUCCUACACCACCAAGAAAUAGAAACCUCUAUGCCAUGCUUGAAGAACUGAUUUGUCGCCACCGUGUUUUUUUAAAUUUGUUUAUCUGUUUUUUUUUCUCAUGAAAGUACUGCCACUGGAUUUUGAGACCGUUGCUCUGUAGGUCCUUUGGGCAGCAGUUUGCUCCACGCAGCAGAGGCUCCUCUGUCUGCCUUUGGGGCUUCUCUCAUCGGCUCUACUCGAGCGGUCAGCAUGGGGAGGGGGGGGUGGGGGUUUACACAUCCAGGGAUGCACUUUAAUGAUCACUGUUGAUUUUCCCUCCAAAGGUUUUUGUUUUUUUGUUGACAUACUGUUUUCUUCUGUGUGUUUUUAGUUUCACAGCUCAAACAGCCAUACCCAUUGCCUUUACAGAGCUCUGGCAGAUCAAACUUUGUUUACAUCCAACUUGUUUUUGUAGCCACAAACUUAUCUGAAGCACUUUUUGAUAGUGUAGUGUUACAUUUGAAGAAUUGCCACAUUGAUUAAUUGUCCAUAUUGUCUAUUCAGUGGCUGAAUGUGGCAUCAGUGCAGGCUUGUGAGAAAAAGAAAAAAAAUCAUUUUGUAAAAAUGUGCGUUCAUUAAGUUAAUCCAGAGGUACCAUUUUAGGUUGAUGGGGAGUCUGAAUCUACCCGUACGCCCUCAAUCAUCCAGCCAUGUGAACAAUAGUCUGUCCUCUUUCUAGCUGUUGGUUGAGCAGAAUGGCUGUUUAGGGAAGUUUGGUUUAGUUAGACCAAAAUAAUAUCAGAGAAAACUUUGUCCGCCAUCAGUCGAGUGAAGGAGAAACCUUUGAAUGUGUAACGUAAUCGUACCACAACACAACUCUGCAUUGCCAUCUGCCGUCUAUUGAAACCAAACGCUUGGACCGUGACUGGUCGCUGGGUGUGUUGCCGUGGCUGUCCAUCAACCCAGGCUCUUUGUCGUCAUCUAAUAUUAAGGACCUUUUAUCUCCGAAUGUUUAGUAUUUUCAACGCACUGUUACUGCUUAUCCCGCUAUACAAUACCAUGACCGGAAGAAGUAAGAUAUUUGUGGAUGGGACGCAUUCAGGAAGCACCGCUGGCCGUUUACCUGUUCUCGUGCUUUAGUUGUGUGCUGGUGCCCUCGUUUCAGGGACAACAAUCAGCAGACGCUCAGUGGGAUCACUGUUGAUGGAGACCUGAUGACCUUACCCAUGGAACAUGUGACAACUGUACUUUCAAUGGGGUCAAGUCCAAAUGGACCAGUAGAGAUUAAAGGUCUGUUCUGGUUCUUGGUUGCGACAACGACCGUACAAAUUAGAUCUUUGGCUGUCGUAGGAUUUGGGAAUACCACCGGUCAUUUGACGUGUUUGUCCGUGUAAACCGAGAGCUUUUUUCAAACUGCUCCUAGCUGCGAGCUGAAACAUAAAGACCGGCACAGAACCAGCCAGGCAACUGUCCCACUAUAACACAAUUCCCGGGAGUAUAUAAUCUUACCACAUCACUUAACUUCUGGCACAAGCGUGGCAAAUCUACCGUUCAAUGAGGAAAACGCGAGUGCAUCCUACUCUGUAAUGGUUGUUUAUUUGUAUGUUGGGGAACACCACCUGUUAGUCGAUGGUAGAAAACAUUUCUAGUGUGUAUUUCAAUGAUUGAAAAGUCAAUUUUUACAAUUUUUGUGAAAGGUUCAAGGCCACUUAAGUUUAGUGCAUGAUUAAAAACGAAUUUUAAAAAAACACCAAGGAAGAAGGAUGAAAGCCUCUCUAUGUUUUAAAACAUGAGAUUAGUACGUGAACAAAACGAAUACUAAAGUGAAAUAGCUGAAACGUGAAGGUUUAUCAACUGUGCACCAGAAGCAAACUAUGGAGUUUAUCUGACUGAGAAUAGUGUUUGAAGAUGAAGGCCUUAUGUGAACUGUAUAAUAGUUAAUAAAUUAAAUUGUAAAAUUGC